CGUUGUACACUAGCGAAGAAAAGAAAACAAUUGAAGAUCGCGAACAAAACUAGCGAAGAAGAGAAAACAAUUGAAGAUCGCGAACAAAAUAAUUAAAAGUAAAUAAAUAAUUUGAUCGAAGUUUUACCUAUUUAAAUCGAAAUAGUACGAUCUAUCAUUCAAUGCAAAUAAUGGAGAGAAAUAUAGUCGCCUCAAAUGAGAGGAAUAACAUUACUACGAGUAAAAUGUGAAGCAAUGUAUUAAAAUUAUAAUACCGAUGACAUAAAUAUUUAAAAACAAAAGGCAAGGUGGUUGGACAAAGGAAGAUGUUUUCAAAAAGAAGUGGCUUUUAGUUCAAAUUGUCAAUGUUAAUUACCUACUUGGGUAAGUUAACAUCAACCUUAUGUAAACUGUUUUCUAUUCAGCCUAAGUAAAUCAAUGGCGACAGUAGCCGAAGAGACCACAACUAUAGAAGCCGGGGAUAGUAAAUGCCAAGGUGCGACCGUGAGCGACCCGCGAUGUUGUAAAUCCACCAGACAGACAGUGUUGUAGCAACCCGCCAUACAGAUAAGUGUCUUCAAGCCAUGAUUGUGGCUAAACAUACAUUUUGUUUUAUAAAAACAGUUUUGUGAAGGACAGACAAUAUAGUGAAAAUAGUGUAGUGAAAAGAUGAGAAAUGAUUUAGCAAUAGUGUGUUUUAGUGUGGUGUUAGGAUGUGUGGACUGCACGCUCUUCACGACUCCGGUGGUGAAGACGAGCUAUGGGAAGGUGAGAGGACUUCGCAGUGUGUCCGGGCAGAACCGAUUCUACAGCAUCCCCUAUGCAGUUAGCGAAAGAUUUCAAGCACCACGAGAGCCACCAGCAUGGAAGGGGGUACGCUCAGCCAUGCGGUGGCUCCCCCCGUGCUCCCAGACCAUCGACAUCGUCCCCGUCGCGCCACUGCAGCUGGGAUCGGAAGACUGCCUUCGCCUCGACGUGUACACGCCAGAGACCGCUACUCCAGGGCAAAACCUACCCGUACUGGUCUUCCUCCACGGGGGCGCCUACUACUACGGCAACAAGAACGACUACGAUCCAGAAUUUCUAGUCACCAAAAACGUCAUCACAGUCAUUAUCAACUACAGAGUCGGCGUGUUCGGCUUCCUCUGCCUAAACGGAGUCGCUAACUUAGGACUCAAAGACCAAGUCGCAGCUCUCAAAUGGAUCCAGAAAAACAUCGCUGCGUUCGGAGGAGACCCCGACAACGUCACCCUGUCCGGCCAGAGCGCAGGAGCCAGCGCAGCUGCCAUGCAUCUCCUAUCCAAAUCCAGUAAAGGAUUAUUCCACAAAUUAAUACUCAUGAGUGGCAAUCCGUUUACCCCAUGGUCUUUCAACCCUGAGCCUGAAACGCCGGCGUUCCAAGACGUGAGCAAACGCAAACGGAUUAGCAACGUCGAGGAAGUCUACAACUACUUUGCCACGGCUCCCGUGCGUGACAUCAUGUCCGUGUCCAUGGACACGUCCAUCAACCCGAGAUACUUCAAAUACAGCCCUUGUGUUGACAGCAAUUUUUCAGACCCGUUCUUCCGCGACACACCUUACAAUAUUAUAAAAUCGGGAAACCUCAAUAAAGUGCCUAUCCUCACUGGUAUUACUAACGUUGAAGGGCUAUUGUUCUACGGACUGCAUAGUGCCGAAACAGUCAAAGAUUUGGAAAGAAACUUCCUUGAAAAAAUACCUUCAGUGUUUUCUUGGUGUUCGAAGAAGGACAGAGAGCAAAUAGCACAGAAACUUCGUGAUAAUUUUUUUGGGGUAGAAGGGAUAAAGAUGAGCGCUUACAGGAGUCUGAUCGACUUCUACUCAGUUUGGAUCGCGAAUGCAACCGCUAAUGCGUUCGUGGACCUGAUGGUGGAGCAUUCCGAGCAGCCUGUGUACCGCUACGUGUUCUCUUACGAGGGGGACCGCAACUUCGCGAAGGCCAUAUUCGGCAGUCGCGUGUCUGUGCCGGGCGCUUCCCACUCGGACGACUUGUUCUACGUGUUCAAGCCGGCGGGCAUCAGCCUGCUGCUGACUAACAGGGACAAACGCUUCAUCGACAGGAUGACUACUAUGUUCACCAACUUCAUGAAGUUUGGAGACCCCACGCCCCGCAAGAGCAAGUUGCUGCCAACCAAAUGGCCUCCAGUCACGGCCAGCAACCCGGUCGCUUUGCGCAUGGACCGGGAGCUGACCGUCAUCAGGCCUUCCAGGACCAAGCACGAGGAGUUCUUCCUGGACCUCCUCUGCACGUACGGCCAUGAUGGCUACGUGCCUUGUAAGAGCCAGAAGAGGUGUAAUUUAGAUUAAUAAGUAAGUAGGCAAUUUAAUUAGAACCGUUGUCUACCAAACCUAGUUACUGGGAUGGCGCCACUAACUUCGUAAAACCAAUGAGAGCUAACGGUACAAAUAGGGUACAAUAAAUAUGUAUAUGUUACGGUCAAAGUGAUAAAUAUGAAAAUUAUGAAUAAUCGCCGGUUAUUAUGAAUAAUUACAGCAUGAUUUGGUAAAUGUGUUUAAUAUGAGGUCUUUUAUGUGUGUAUAAAACUAAAUAGGCGGCUUAGGGGUGGCCCAAGGGCCACCCCCCGCCCGCCGCACCUUAACCUAUUUUUCACUUUAAAUCAAAACAUUAUGUCAUAGGCAUCAUGGAAAAGUAAUAUUAUGCAAGAAACAUUCCAAACUCAUUAUGCCAAAUUAUAUUAAUAUAUGAUAUCAAAACGUUCAAAAGUUUGGCUGUACACGAACACGUACACAAGAUGUUGUUCUCUUUUAUGAAAUUUGUUAGUACUAAGGUUGAAUUAUUAAAUAAUCACUGUUAAAUGUGAUUAAUUUAUCACUUUUACCGCGUCUGUCGGUAAUUAUUCAUAAUAACCGGUUAUUGUUAAUAAUUUUCAAUUUAUCACAUUAACCGUAACAUAUAUAAAGGAAGAUUAAGCCUAGGCGCAGACCACCGAUUUUUAGUCGGCCGAUAGUUGGGCCCGAUUCUAAUUUGUAUGAAGAAACAAUCAAUGUAGUGUGCGCACUUCCAUACAUGCCCAUACUGAUUAACUGCCUGACUAAACUAUCGGCCGAUAAAAAAUCGGUGGUCUGCGCCUAGGCUAAAGCAACCAUAAACUAUAAAGACUGAACUGACAUCCCGUAACAUAAAUAAAUAUUGUG